AUGUCACUUUUGCCAAAUACCACAAUCAUAUCCCUGACAUUUCUGCUCACAGGCAUCCCUGGCCUGGAAGCUGGCCACACCUGGGUCUCUGUUCCCUUUUGCUUCCUCUAUGCCAUUGCCAUCUCUGGGAAUAGCAUGAUCCUAUUCAUCAUCAUCACCAAUCAAAGCCUUCAUGAACCAAUGUACUAUUUGCUUUCCAUGCUAUCAGUCACUGACAUGUGCCUGUCCCUCUCCACUAUGCCCACUACUCUAGGUGUCCUCUGUCUUAAUAUUCAAGAGAUUGGUUGGAAUGCAUGCAUUAGCCAAAUGUUCUUCAUUCAUUUCCUUACGGUCAUGGAGUCCUCGGUGCUGUUGGCCAUGGCCUUUGACCGCUACAUUGCUAUUUGUAACCCACUAAGGUAUGCUACCAUCCUCACUCCAAAAAGGAUCAUCCAUAUUGGGUUGAUGAUAGUGGGAAGAGGGACUCUGGUCAUGAUUCCCCUCCUCCUGCUUCUUAAGCACCUGUCAUUCUGUAGGAAAAAUAUUCUUUCUCACUCUUAUUGCUACCACCCUGAUGUGAUCAAAUGUUCCUGCUCCAAUAUCACAGUCAACAGCAUCUAUGGACUUUUUGCACUCCUUUCUACAUCUGGUCUGGAUGCCCCUUUGAUUGGCCUCUCCUAUGUGCUGAUCAUUCAUUCUGUGCUCAAC